UUACGCUCAUAAUUUGGGGUUUUCUUUCAAUUACUUUCUCUUUUCAAACUUCCCUGGAAAAUCUCUUCACAUUGUUUGGUCUCUACUGGAAUCAACAGUAUUUAUGUCCGAUUAGAAGCUACAACUUGGUUUCUUUAAUGUCAGAAUCAGUAGAAGAUGGUGAACGUGAGCGAACCUUGCUUCUUUGCCUUUUUUUCCUAUCCUUCCACUGCUGAGAGACUGAAAAUUCCAGAGAAGUUCAUCAAACACAUUAAUGAUGGGACAACUGGUCCAAUUGUCCUAAUGGGCCCUAGUGGGAAUUCGUGGCAUGUUGAUUUGAUUCAGCAGGAUGAUGGUUUAUUUCUUCAUCAAGGAUGGCCAGAAUUUGCUAGAGAUAAUUUCCUAGAAUGUGGUGACCUUUUGGUUUUCAGAUAUAAUGGUCAGUUGCAUUUCAUUGUGGAAGUGUUUGAUCAAAGUGCAUGCAAAAAAGAAUUCGUAUUUAAUUCUGAAUACCGUCAACAAGAGCCGUGUGAAUUUGAUAAAAAUGCCAGAAAAAAGAGGGAAAGGGAAGCAGAUGGUGUAUCUUCGACUGGAAUUUUUGAGGGCGUGCCAAAAAGAUUAAGAGAUAGCUCUGAUGUUUUCCAUUCCAAAUGCAGAGACAUGGAUGCCAAUGCACAUUUAUCUGACAAGGAAGGAUGUGGACAUGAGGAGGUAAUUACAACUGAAACAUUCCGAGAGGAAAGUUAUUCGAGGGAAACAAACCAAUAUGGGAGUUUAGUAAAGAUUUACUCUACACCCCCACAGUCAAAAGCUUGCAAUGGAAAGCCAGAGGCAGGCGUCAAGAAAAGAACUGGAAGAGAGGAAAACUUAGAUAUGCAUGAGAGAUGUUAUUUGUCGACACUGCCAGAGCAUGAAGAGAAAAGAGUUGCUCAAUCUUUUACUUCGAGCUUUCCAUUUUUUGUAAGAAUCAUGAAAAGGUUCAACAUCAGUGGUUCAUACACCCUUAAUAUUCCUUAUAAAUUUUCAAUGGCACAUCUUCCAACAUGUAAAGCAGAGAUUGUACUUCGCAAUCUGAAAGGGGCAUGUUGGACUGUUAACUCUGUACCAACAACGAGAGUGCACACUAGUCAUACUCUAUGUGGAGGAUGGCUGUCCUUUGUCCGUGACAAUGACAUCAAGAUGGGGGACAUCUGUGUAUUUGAACUUGUACACAAAUCCGAAUUCUGUGUCCAUAUCCUUCGUGUUGGAAAGGAAAAACCCGAAACCCAAAGUGAAAAACAAGCUUUGCAUGGGGUAAAUGUUGGAUGUGCUGCGACUUUGUACAAAACUUCUGAUGGCUUGCUGAACAAAGUGAAAAAAACCCCUUCAAAGUUCCAUGCAAAAUGCUUAAAGAAGGUGGCAAGUUGUGAGAAAAAUGGGUCUAAUAAGAGUCAGGAAUCCUCAUCUCCGAACCACACAAGGAAACAUGGUAGUGCAACUAAGAAAUCUGUUGCAGAGAAAGCCAUUCGAAGAGGUAAUAGUAUGGAAACUGAAUUGGGUUCUCAAGCUGGAGGUGGUUCAAGAAUAAUGAUGGCACGAGAUGAAGAAAAAGCCGCCAAGACUUUUGUCUCAGGCUUUCCUCAUUUUGUGAGAAUCAUGAGGAAAUUUAAUGUCAGUGGUUCAUAUACUCUGAAAAUACCGCACAAGUUUUCUGCAGCGCAUCUUCCUAAUUGCAAAUCUGAGAUUGUUAUCCGUAAUUCUAAAGGAAGAAAUUGGACAGUAAAUUCAGUACCAGACUCGAAAGGGCGAAUGGUUCAUACUUUUUGUGGAGGUUGGAUGGCCUUUGUCCGCGACAAUGACCUCAAAGAGGGAGAUGUUUGCAUUUUUGAACUUGUUAAUACUUGCGAGAUGCAUGUGCAUAUAUCUGGGGUUGAGACAAUAUUGCUUGAUCUCCAGUGUGGAAACACGUAAUGACAUGCCACUGCAUAUAAGCAGCAAUUUUUUUUUGCUUUUAAGGACAUGAAAGAGAUCAACCCCAUCAAACAAUCUUUUUGAGACAACAGGAUGGAAAUUGAUGUCCAAAUUCGGUAAGCGGUGCCUAUUGCUGGUGGAUGUGAAUUUUUCUUGAGGUAUCCUUGUGGCCGCUAUAAGUUAAUUGUCGAUUGUAAAUUUUCAAUGGAACUCAUGUUUGAACUUUGAAUCAUCCCUGCUAUGGAGAAACUGAAAAUUGUAUA